CAGUCCAGUCCAGUCCAACUGUUGGAGAAGUAGGGCAGAAAGAAGAGGAUGAAGUAAGAGAACGAUGGGAAGAGUCAAGCAUUAGUAGGGGUCCCCACAUUACGAAAAUCCAAAUGGACCAAUCGAUGAGGAAUGAGAAUCAAAAGUAUAAAUAGGCGAGGAUCGGAAGCAGCCUGAAACCCGAGAAGUCCUCUCCACUGUCCUCUCCGCCCCUCACAGGGCUCUCUCCCUCGUUUUUCUACUCCAACAAGUUCCUCUUUCUUCCCCCACCCUCAUCCAUAACACCCCUAAACCCCCUACAAACAAGAUUAAAAUGGCCCAAGGGGAAUCCCCACCGUCCGAUUCUACAUCAGAUCCAUCUCUGUCCCGGAACGUCUCGUUUAGCCGACUGAACGCCCAGGCUCCCGAGUUCGUCCCAACCAAUCGCAGUGGCAGCACACCCACAUCUGGGCCCACACCCGCACCGGGGCCGGCAGCGCCUCCGGUGUCUGCGGGUCAGGUCCACGUCUACUCUCCGCCUUCAGUCCCUUUCCAUGUGCCGAUCCAGGUCGUCCCUCCUCCUCCUCCUCCUCAUGUGGUGCCGGUGCCGGUCCAUCAUCAUCACUUACCAGUCCAGUACCAUCAUCACCACCAGUAUCAUUACUCUGGAUUUGGAGACCAAGAGGCGGCCGUGCAGCACAAGCAGCAGCAGCAGCUGGGAGAGCAAGCUCAGGUGGAUCAUGCUUCUUCCUCCUCCUCCUCCAAGACUCACAAGCUUUCCGAUGAAGCUACUUCCAAGAUUUUGAAUCAGGUGGAGUAUUAUUUCAGUGACCUAAACUUGGCUACUACUGAUCAUCUUAUGAGGUUCAUAAACAAAGACCCUGAAGGAUUUGUGCCAAUAUCUGUUGUUGCAUCUUUCAAGAAGAUUAAGGCCCUUGUAAAUAGUCAAUCUCAGCUUGCAACUGUAUUGCGGAACUCUUCAAAACUUGUAGUUCAUGAAGAUGGAAAGAAAGUUAGACGCCAGCAUCCCCUGACUCAGUCAGAUAUGGAAGAGUUGCAAUCUCGCAUAGUUGUCGCUGAAAAUUUGCCUGAGGAUCAUUGCCACCAAAACCUCAUGAAGGUUUUCUCUGCUGCUGGGAGUGUGAAGACAAUCCGUACCUGCCAGCCACAAACCUCCAAUAGUGGUGCUUCCCCAGCAUCCAGAUCUACAAAAGCAGAUGGCACGCUUUUCAGUAACAAGUUGCAUGCAUUUGUGGAAUAUGAAUCCCCUGAGCUGGCAGAGAAAGCUAUCACUGUGCAUUUCUAUCUUCAGGUUGCAGAGCUUAAUGAUGAGGCCAACUGGAGGAGUGGCCUUAAAGUCCGUUUAAUGCUUAGACGAGCGUCAAAACCUGCUCAAGUGCGGGGGAAAAAGGGGCAAGAUGGGGAAGUGCAAUUAGACGAAGAGGAUGCUUCUUCACCUGAACAGCAGGCCAAUGAAAAACAAUCAGUAGAUUCUUCCCAGCAGUCUGAUGCCACUUCACAUGAACAUGGAGAGGAGCAUGGCAAUGACAAGGAGGUCGGGCAGAGGAAAGGGCGUAAUCGAGGCCGUGGGAAGGGGCGUGGGCGAGGUCAAUACCAUCAUAAUAAUAAUCGUGGAAAUCAUGUGGGGCCUCCUCCUCACAAUUCAGUUGGCAGUAUUGAGCAGCCAGGAGUAGCCAAGCAGCCUCCUGGGCCGCGUAUGCCAGAUGGCACAAGGGGAUUUGCAAUGGGUCGGGGGAAGCCAGUUGCUGUUAAUAUUGCAUAAGGAUUAAGGACAGGGUAUUUGAGAGGCUUUUUCGUUUUGUAUCUGUGGCUGCAAGUACAUGUUGGGGAUGGGAAACUAUGCCUUCUCGUGUGGUGUUUGAUGGCAAGGUUUUACAAGGGCUGUCAAUCCAGUGUAGUUUAAGGGUCAACUUUCCAUUAUAUGUCGAUUAAAUUUUCUGAUUGUGUUUUGUACUGAGGGAAGGAUGAUUAGGAACAAAUGUGAUUUUGCCUUCUUUUUAAAGAUAUAGGGGGAAAAAAAAAGGAAGUGAAAGCCAUAAACAUCAAUGGUUAAAUGUGAGUGAAACAGAUAUUGAAAUUGAACUUUUCUUGACA